AUGGCUCUCUCAAAGAUCCUACUUCUCGCGUGCUCGGCGACGGCCUUGCACGAGCCUCGCGGUCCGCCUGGCGUCAGCGAGCUGCGCAGCAACGGCGCGGAGCACUCCGCGCUCGAAGGCAUCAGCGCCGCCGCGUACGCCUGGCGUCGAGCUGCGCAGCAACGGCGCGGAGCGCUCGAGCGCGCGGACGUUGAGCUCGAAGGCCUCAGUGCCGCCGCAUACAUCACCGAGCUGCAACGCUCGCACGCCGAGGCGCGCGGCAACGGCGCCGCGCUCGAAGGCCUGCGCGGCGGCGACGCGCGGCCGGCCCAGCCGCCGCUGUCGCCGAAGGUCGUCGCGGCCUACGCCGCCGCGGGCCUGGCGACGACGGCGGUCCGCGCGGCGGUCGCCCGCCGGGGUCCCGCGCCGUGGCAGGCGGCCGUCGCGGCGUGCUGGACGCUGAACAACGUCGCCGUCAUGGUGCCCGGCCGCUACGACGGCGGCGGCGACGGCGCGCCGACGGCGGCGACGGCGAACCUGCUCGCGCCCGCGGGCUGGGCCUUUGCGAUCUGGGGCCCCAUCUUCCUCGGCGAGUGCGUCACUAUGCUUUUGGUCACGGCCGCGGACCCGGGCCACCCCGUCUUCGACGUCGGCGCGGCCAUCGCCGCGCCCUGGUGCGCGGGCACGCUCUGCCAGGUCGCCUGGUGCGGGCUGUUCCGGCCGUCGGUCUGCGGCCCCGGCGCGCUCUGGAUCCCGUCGGCGGCGCUGGCCGCGACGGCGUUCUUCCUCGGCAAGGCCCACGCGGCGCUCCAGGGGCUCGACCUCUACGCCGCGGGCCCGCUCCGGGGCCUGCGCAACGACCUCCUCGUGCGCUGGCCGUUGUCGCUCCACUUCGCGUGGGUCACGUGCGCGACGCUCGUGAACAUCAACAAGUACCUCGCGCUCCGCGGCGCGGACCUCCGGGUCAAGGAGGCCGGGGCCCUCGGCUCCGUGGCCGUCGCCGCGGCCGCGGCGGCCUACGUGCUCCGGACGACGGGCGACCCGCUCUACGGCUUCGUCGUCGCCUGGGCGCUCGCGGCCGUCGCGGCGGACGGCGGCAGGCAGGCGGCGCGGGGCCUCGUCCCGGACGCGCCCAUCGACCGCGUCGUCGGCGCGGCCAAGGCCGCCGCGGUCGCCGUCGGCGCCGUCGCCUGCGUCGCCCCCUUCGCCGCCGACGUCGCCGACGCGUACCACGCCCGCGGAUCGUGCGCGCGGAGACGCCCCGUGAGAGAGAGCCCGUGGUAG